AUCAAGAGUUAACCCCCUCAUGGUAAGGCUCUCUCUCCCGCGUUAAUUAUCACCAAGAUGAAGAAAUUAAGAACUACAUCUGUAAGAUUUGCAGACGAGGAAGAGGAGAGCCUGUUUGUGUCCCCAGCAAGAGGUGAUGGUGACGAUGGUGGUGAUGGUGACGAUGGUGUCGAUGGUGAUGCCAAUGGUGGUGGUGAGGAAGAUCAGGAUGAGAAGUCCCACGCUCGUCUGCUGAGUGAUAUGAGAAAGAUAAGCCGAAGGAAGACGGAAAUAUCACGAGAUGUCCGAACGUCCCUGGGGGCUGGCGGCACGGUCAAGGUGGACACGAACGACAUCCUGAAACGACUCGGCAACUCCUCGUUAAGCCAGUCCAAUGAGAAGAUCAGGAGUCUACCCAAGCCAGUUGAGAAGACGGUCGCUCGGAGGUCAAAGCGUGCCGCUGGCUUCGAGAAAGUGGCCAUGGAGGUCAACAAAUGGGAGAACCUGGUCCAUAUCCGUCGAAAAUCUGACCAGCUGACCUUCCCCCUCGAGCGGGCGGAUAUAAGGGUCAAGACGCAGGACGAGGCGGAUCAGUUUAAGCCCAGGACUCCCCUAGAGCAGGAGGUGUAUGCCCUCUUGAACGGUGCCAAGCUGGUCGAGGAAAAGAAGGAAACGGAAGAGGAACGAGCUACGAAACGCGCCAUGUCUCUACAGCAGGUGAAGGAACGGAACCGCGAGAUGUGGCACCAGAGAGAGAAUAAACGCCGCUAUGAACGGAAGGCCAUGAUGCAGAACAAGAGUAAAAGCAAGAAGCACCACCGUUUACUGCGGCGCGAGAGACUCAAGAGACAGAAGACGGAAUUGGAGGAGUUACACAAGACAGAUCCCGAGGCUGCCUUAGAGAUGAUCGAGGAGCUGGAGAGGCUUAGGGUCCAGGAGAGGAUGAGUCUACGUCACAAGACCUCCAAAUGGGCUCAUCUUCAAGGUUACAGAGCCACUAGGGAUAAAGGUGCAAUGGCAGCACUGAAGGAGAACCAGAGAAUGCAUCGCGAACUCACAGCUAAAGUCGCAGCUAAAACCGAGGACGAUGAGGACGACGACUUAGCUGAAAUGGAAGCUAUGUUGAAGAAGAGACAAGAGGCCGUAGAAGGAGGGACCUACAACCCCCUUAACCCCUGGAUAAAGGAUCUGAAGAAGGGGGCCACGCAGGGGGAGUUUCAGGGGGCUGGUGGCGAUGAGGACGGAGAUGAAAGUUUUACCAAGUUCAAGAAGUUCUGGGAGGAGGUGAAUAGGAGGAACCUCGUGGAGAAGAAGAUCCAGGAAGAGAUGGAUAAAAGAGAGGAGGAGGGUGAGGAGGGGGGUGGGAAGGAGGAGGAGAGUGAAAUGGAACAAGAACAGGAGUUGGGAAAAUGUGAUAAGGAAGAAGAAGAAGAUCAGUUGGAGGAAGUUGGAGAGAAGGAACAGGAAGAGGGUGGAAAGGAAGAAGAAGAAAAGGAAAAACCAACAACAUCAGAAGAAAACAAAGACAAAAGGAAGAGAAUCAAGAAAAUCAAACCUACUGUCAACAAAAAACGAAAAUCAUCACAGAAAAACAAGACGACUACAGAGCCAACCUCACCAGUCAAGACGACCACAGAGGCGACCUCACCAGACAAGACGACCACAGAGGCGACCUCACCAGACAAGACGACCACAGAGCCAACCUCACCAGACAAACAGCGAAACGACCCCACCGCUGCCCUGAUCUCCGUAGACGAGAUGUUCGACGAGGCGGAGAUCGGAAUAAGGAACAAGGUCAAGAGAAAACUGGAGAAGAUGGGAAUACACACCAAGAAUGAUGGAGGGAACUGGGAGAAGGUUAAGAGGAAGAGAAGGAGAGGUAAAAAGCCUUCAAAAAAUGUCCCCGUCAAGAUCGAGGAGUUUGAUUUCACCUGCAAUGAUAACAAAGACAAUAUCGACGAGAAACUAGAGAGGGUUAGGACGCUCGAGGAUAUGGAUGACCUACAAGUGGAUGGUGGUGCGAAGCAUCUAGCGGGUGAUGUUCUCAAGAGAGGAACGGGAGACCUAUCGCGUGACUCAUCCGACAAGAACGGUACCAGGAAGAAGGUGGAAGUGGAUCCGACUAAAUUCAUUGAGAUCAACACCAAGAAGUUAGCCACACUGAUGCCGGAUAACGUCAGCCGGGGUGAAGAGGCGAUGGAUGACGACGAAUCGGAUGAGGUCGAGGAUCCAGAAGAGGUCAUCCGUGAGGCUUUUGCCGACGAUUACCUCAUUGAUGAGUUUAAAUCAGAGAAGGCGGCCGCUAUUGAGAAGGACGGCCCUAAGACCCUAAGCUUGGCCAUCCCUGGUUGGGGCGACUGGACCGGCCCUAAUAUAAAAAUGUCUAAAAGAAAGCUCAUGAGAUUCAGAGUUAGGACCCCGAGGAGGCCACGCAAGGACUCAACUAUGGGCAAUGUUAUUUACAACGAGACGGCUGACGUACAUGACAACCUGAGGAAGGCCAUGGUAAGCGACUUGCCGUUCCCAUUCAGGAGCGUGAGGGACUUCGAGGCCUCCAUAAGGGCACCGGUGGGACGCGCGUUCGUACCCGAAGCCACGCACAAGAAGCUCACCAAACCCCCCCUGAUCACCAAGAUGGGGAAAGUGAUCGAACCCAUGACCGAGGACGAGCUUCUGAGGCAUAAACGCAGAGGCCCGUCGACCAAUGACAAACGCGGGAGAGGGGGGGGGAAACCAUCGGACAGUAGAUCGUCGAGAGUCCGGAUCACGGGAAGGGGAAAAUUGCCCAAAGGAAAGAAAAGAGAUGAUGGGAAAUAAUGAGGAAUAUUUACCCGAGAGAUAUUUAGGGUAGAGUUUUGGUUGGUUUUUAUAAGUACGUAUGUGAUGACGGUACGGUAUGUUAAACCUAAAGAACCCAGGAUGAGGUUUGGAGAAUUAUCCCAGGAAAAGUUAAACCAAAUGGAAAAAAAAACAUUAGAAAAAAAACCCCCAAAACUGGAAUGAGGAUUGGAGAAUUAUCCCCGGAAAAAUUAAACCAAAUGGAUAAACCCAAGCAAAACCAAACGGAAAACUCCAUCAUAAACCGCAGAGUAAGUAGUGUUUUAAUUCUUGUAUGAUUUGGUUUAUUGUUUUUUCUUGGAUAAUAUUAUUAAUGGAUAUUAAAAUUUAAGAGGGAU